AUGACAAUGGUUAUCGAGACGCUUCAACAUCCGAUGGUGAAUUCUUCACUAAAAUAUGCCAGCACUACAGUUGGUCGUGAUAAAGUAUACAGAGCUGUCCAAAACUUUGCACGGUUUAUGGCUUGGUAUCUGCUUCGUCAAGGAUUCUCCAAAGCAACUAUCCAACGAUGGGAAGCGUUGAAAAAGAACAUGAGUUUAUCUAGGAAACUCAUGCGCUUCGGUAAACCUGUGGAGCAUCUACAGUCUGCAUCCAAGGCGUGGCAUGAGAAGGAUGAAGUCUUGAGGUUCACAUCUACUUUUAGACAGCUCAGUUAUGCAGCAUACUUGCUCCUGGACACAUUUGUUUGGAUUAAUGGAGCGGGUGUAUACAAAAUUAAGCAAAUAAAAACGAUUGCGGAGAGAUCAAUGAGGUUUUGGAUGGCUGGUUUGAUCUUUUCCAUCCUCAGCAGUUUGUAUAAACUGUAUGGAAUCAGUCUUCGUUAUAAGAAUCUAAGGGCUUCGUUGAAAGGAUCUGAGAAGGGAGUUGGCGAUCCCGAGUAUGUCAAGUCACGAUGCAAGGAUAUCGAAAAAGAACGUGAGCCAGUUGUUCGUCAGCUCGUCCAGGAUAGUUUAGAUCUUAUCCUUCCAAUGAAAUCACUCAAAUAUAUCGACCUGGAUGAUGGACUCGUGGGUCUUGCUGGAUUUAUUACGUCCAUCAUGGGAGUGCAGACCCAGUGGCGCAAAGUUAACGGAAAAUACUUUAAUCACUUAUCAAUGGCGACUAAUACAAUGAUAAUAGACCACGAUAGGCCAAUAACUGGGCCCAGCUUUGACCAACCUGCGACAAAGAAACUAAAAGCCGACGACGGCUCAGUCGUCGGCCGAGCACAGCAACCAGCAACUACGAGUUCGUCGACAAAUAGCUUGACAACUAUUCAGCAAAAAUCUAACUACGAGUUAAGAUAUAGUCUAGUGGGACAUAAAAAGGCCGUUUCUAGCGUUAAGUUCUCUCCUGAUGGGAAAUGGCUAGCUAGUAGUUCCGCUGAUAAAACAAUCAAGAUAUGGAAUGCUCUAGAUGGCAAAUUCGUGCAAACACUUGAGGGUCACGGUCAAGGUAUUUCAGACGUAGCAUGGUCCUCUGAUUCGCAAUACUUGACUUCCGCUUCAGAUGAUAAAACAAUACGAAUAUGGGAUGCAAAUAUUGGAAAAGUCGCCCAUGUACUGAGAGGACACACAAAUUACGUGUUCUGUGUGAAUUAUAAUCCCCAAUCGAGUUUAAUCGUAUCUGGUUCUUUUGACGAAAGUAUAAGAAUAUGGGACGUACGGCAAGGUAAAUGUAUGAAAACGUUACCUGCACAUUCUGAUCCUGUCACGGGAGUGCAUUUCAAUAGAGAUGGGACCAUGAUUGUGUCUUGCAGCUAUGAUGGAUUGAUACGCAUAUGGGAUACGGCAACUGGCCAAUGCUUAAAAACAUUGGUAGAUGAUGAUAAUCCUCCCGUCUCGUUCGUCAAAUUUUCUCCAAAUGGCAAAUACAUCCUGGCAUCCACGCUCGAUAACACGCUUCGCCUGUGGAAUUACCAUACUGGUAAAUGUCUAAAGACAUAUACUGGCCAUAAGAACGAUAAAUACUGCAUCUUCGCUAGUUUCUCGGUAACUGGCAGAAAGUGGAUUGUCAGUGGUAGCGAGGAUCAUGGAGUGUAUAUCUGGGAUUUACAGAGCAAACAGAUUGUGCAGAAGUUGGAAGGACACUCAGAUGUUGUUUUAGCUGUUGCGUGUCAUCCAACCAAAAACAUAAUCGCCACAGGAGCAAUCGAAAAAGAUAGAACUGUAAAACUAUGGUUCGAUAAGAAUGAUACAUAG